AUGUAUGGACGAAAACGAAAUAGUAUAACAUCAUAUUCACAAUACAGUGAAGAUGAGCAUGACGAACUUUCAAGUAUAGAUUCUACAUUAGUCAUGUUAGUUAUACAUAAUCUUGAUCAUAUGAUGCAACCACAUGAAUGGGAAACAUUAUUAACUCGUGAAAUUCAUGGUGCUCGUAUUUUAGGUGUGAUUGUAGUUCGUGAACCAUCAUCGUCACGUCCAUGGGGAGAAGGUGAAUUAACAGCAUAUAUAUUUACUCGACAUGAUGCUUCCCUAAUUCGACAAUAUUUACAUAAUCGACGUCUUGGUUUUCGACGUUUACAUGUCGAUACAGUAACAAGUGAAGGUGGUAUUGAAGUUUUUCUUGUACACAAAAUUCUUCAAUUACUUAAACUCAAUCCACAAAUAUCUGACAUUACCAUCGAGCAACGUCUCAAUAGUUUUUUUCGACGUGUUCCAUUAACAGUACGUCCACGAGAUUAUGAUCGUACAACUGUUAUGCGUUUAAUUCACGAAUGUAUGGGUUUACCAGCAUCACCGCCAGCAACAAGUGAAGAUAGUGAAAUUGAUAGUGAUUCACCACCGUUACGUUCUAAGCCGAUGGUACAACGAGCACAACAACAAACACCGAUACAAAUACCACCAGAACAAGAUCAAUCUGUUUCAAGUCCACAAUUGAUUUGUAUUGAUGAAUGUACAAUGCAACUUCAUUUUACUCCGUUUUAUUUUGAACUUUUGGAAGCUAUGUCGGUUAGUGGAAUAAAUAAUGAAAAUGAUCAAUUGUUAGAUGUUAGACUUUUCUAA